AAAAGAAAUAUAAAGUUAAAUAAAAACUAAAGAAAAAACGCGAUUUGCGGGGAGAAGGCAAUAUAAAGAUUAUAAACAAAAAAAAUGCGCCUUUUAGAGGGAGUAGCAUGGCGGGAAGGACCGCAGAUGUUGCUUCUUCUUGUUCUUUUAGCCAUCAGUUCAAACAUAUUUUUGGCUUCAGUGUCGGCCAAAACUGGACCCUCUCAUGACAAAGUGGUUGUUUGCUAUAUAUCAACAUGGGCUGUUUAUCGUCCUGGACAGGGUAUCUAUGCGAUAGAGAAUUUCGACCCUAAUUUAUGCACACAUGUGGUAUACGCAUUUGCCGGUCUAGACAUUACACAUGCAGCCAUUAAAUCGCUUGAUCCCUGGCAGGAUCUGAAGGAAGAGUUCGGUAAGGGGGGCUAUGAGCAAUUGACGGGUCUGAAACGCAGCUAUCCGCAUCUAAAGGUGUCUUUGGCCAUUGGCGGCUGGAAUGAGGGUUCCACAAAUUAUUCACGUUUGGUCGACAAUGUUCAAUUGCGUCGGAAAUUUGUCGAACAGGUUUCGGGUUUUAUACGAAAAUAUAAUUUCGAUGGACUCGAUCUCGAUUGGGAAUAUCCCACACAGCGUGGCGGUAGUCCACGUGAUAGAGAAAACUUUGUCACAUUUACCAAAGAGCUGCGGGAGGAAUUUGAUAACCAUGGCCUACUGUUGACCUCGGCCAUCGGGGCGUCAAAAAGUGUAAUUGAUGAGGCCUACGAUGUGAGGCAACUGUCGCGUUAUUUGGACUAUCUACAUAUUAUGUGCUACGAUUAUCAUGGCAGUUGGGAUCGCAAGGUCGGCUAUAAUGCCCCUUUAUCGAACACCAAUAAGGACGAUCCACUGACUGUGGAAUUCACCAUUGAUUAUCUGUUAAAGCUGGGUGCUCCGCCAUCAAAACUAGUCCUUGGCCUGCCUUUCUAUGGACGCACAUUCAAAGCAAAUGGGGAGGGCAAUCUGAAUGAUCCAACCGAUGCGGCUGGGUUUCAAGGACCUUUUACCCGGGAGGAUGGAUUCCUCGGCUACAAUGAGAUCUGCAGCAUUUUGAGUAACAAAACAUCGGGCUGGUCCCAAAAAUGGGACCCAGUCGCCUGCCAAGUAUUGGCCCGGUCAGAACGCGAUGUCUUCACCCAAGAAGUGAGCGUUGUGACCUUCGAUAGUACACGCUCGAUCGCCAACAAGGUGUUGUUUGCCAUGACGAAACGUUUGGCAGGCGUCAUGGUCUGGUCCAUCGACACGGAUGACUUUAAGGGCAAUUGUCAACUGGACGAGGAGACAUAUGCUGAUUACAAGCUAGUGAGCAUUGCUCCCAGGCGCAUCAAUCAGAAUUAUCCAUUGCUUCGUACCAUUAAUGAGGCAACCACGUUGGCCCUGGAGGAAUUGGCUGCCAAUGACCUGAACAGCCAUGUGCCAGACGUGGCCGAUAAUGAGAUCCCCCAUGGCAGUAAUGCGGAUCGCAAGAGUGGGGCAUCUAGUUUAGUCUUUGGCCUCGGCCUAAUCAUCAGUGUUAUGUAUGCAUUAAUGUGUAUUUCCUAACAGUUAAGCAUAAGUCAUAAAUUACCAAAAACAAAAAUUAAGCAACAAAUACCCGAAACGAAACUGGUAAAAUAUUGAUACAAAAAAAUAAAAGCCAAAUUAAAUAUAAAAAA